CGAUGGCAGAUAUUACGAUAAUUAAACUUUAAGUAAAUAAAAUUUGAAAGUCGAUUUAAUGGAGGAUAUGUGAUGUAAAGAAAUGUUUGCAAAAAUAAUCGAUAUAACUGCGAAAAAAUAAUGAAUAAAGAAGGAGUAUAGAUCGGCUUUUGAUAAUUUAAAGAGGAUCAUGCUAGGGCACCAACGACAGGUUGCCGUUUUAUGUCACGUGGUUACAGUUAAGCGGGGAAAGGUCUUCCCGUGUUGCUUGUUUCGAAAUGUCAACAAUUGUCAACAAUAUGGCCUUGUGAAGUAAUCCGUAUGUGGUAAUAGCCAAACGUUUUUGUGCAAUUAAUAUUGAAUUAAUUUAUAAGAGUAUAGCUCGAUGGACUUCGAUUGAUACGUACACGUAAUACGAACAGCAUUAAAGAUAUGCACCAUCCUAACCUUAAAUUUAGUAAUCAACAUCAGUUUCACUAAGAUAAUAAAAAUCUUUUAAAAUUUUACAUAACGGUAAACGAAAUGGCAGAACAAUUAGAAAGACUAAGAAUUUACUUUGUUACGUGGAACGUGGCCACUAAGUAUCCUGUACAAGAUUUACAUCAACUUUUAAAUAUUACACAUGGAAAUAUAAAAUCUUUACCAGACAUAUAUUUUAUUGGACUACAGGAAGUAAAGGCACAACCUCAGAAUAUGGUAUUAGAUAUUAUUUUUCAAGAGGAUCCAUGGACCAAAUCGUUCAGAGAAGUAUUAAAAGAUAACGAUUAUGUGAAAAUCCGUUCUCAACGGUUACAGGGUCUUGUUUUAAAUAUGUUCUGUUUAAGAAAACAUAUUACUCAUUUAAGAUUGGUAGAAGCACAAUAUACGAGAACAGGAUUUGGUGGAAUGUGGGGUAAUAAAGGUGCCGUAAGCAUAAGAUUGAAUAUAUAUGGCGUUAGCAUUUGUGUAGUAAAUACGCAUUUAACGCCUCAUGAUCAUCUAUUAGCAGAUAGAAUAGCAGAUUAUAAUACUAUUCUUAGAGAACAUUCUUUUAGUGCGCCUGACACAUCAAACAUUUUAUAUCAUGAUUAUGUAUUUUGGAUCGGGGACUUGAAUUUUAGACUUCAUGGGGAAGAUCUGACUGCAGUUGAUAUUGAUUUAUUAGUUAAGAAAAAUAAAUUGGAUCUACUUUUGGAAAGGGAUCAAUUGAAAUUGGUGAUGCGGAAUGGCGAUGCAUUCGCAGAACUAAAUGAAAACAAUAUUGAAUUUCCUCCUACGUACAAAUUUGAAUUUGCUUCGCAGGAAUUCGAUCUCAAACGCCGGCCAUCUUGGACAGAUAGAAUUUUGUAUAAAGUUAAUGCAGACGUAUAUGACGAUGUUACAUUAAGCGCCCUACAACUUAAUUACAAGAGUCAUUCUAAUUACAUUCAAUCUGAUCACAAGCCUGUAACUGGUGAAUUUGAUAUUAUGAUCAGGCCAAAUGUGGAAGACCAUGGCGUAGAGUUUCAACCAGUUUCUGCUUGGUUUAUAGACGAAGAAAAUUCAGUAUCGUAUAAAUUGAUUGGAGAUGUAAGACCAGUAAGUGGAGAUUGGGUGGGUCUUUUUCAUAAUCAAUUUUCUAGUUUAGAUGAAUAUAUCGUCUAUGAAUAUGUUGUACGAGGUAGAACAGCAGAAACUUCAGAAGUGGAAUCUUCCGAACCAAUAACGGAAAGAAUAUUUUUUAGCGAUUCGGCCCUUAGAAUUCCUGGAAUGUAUCGUUUAGUUUAUGUAGCGCAACGCGGUGAUCUCAGAGGAAUUCUUGGUAUGAGUCCACCAUUUCCAGGUCAUCGCAGACCACUUUGAUUGAAUCUGUGCUCUAAAUCCAGACAAAUUAGUUGAAUUAUUUUCACGGUAAUCUAUAAUUUAGGACUAUUAAUGAAAAUGUUUUAUCGAUAUAUGAUACGAAUCAGUUUGAUUUUGAUCAUUAAUUUUAAUUAACGGGCCUAAGAAGAAUAAUCGACAAAAAGGAUUUACAAAUUCUUUCUUUUUUUUGUGAAUAUAGAGUAAUAUAUAAAAAAAUAAUGACAAUUACGAUUACAAUAAAAAGAAAAGAAACAUAAAAUGUACGAAUAGCUUGUUCAUUUUCGGCAUGUUAGUUACGUUAGAAAUCGUAUCGUUUCUAAAUGAAUUACAAACUUUUUUUUAUAAUAUGGAAAUUGGUUAAUCAAGCGAUUUCAGUGGAACUUUUAGCAAAGAUUGAAUAAUUUUUAAAU